AGAAAAUGUUGGAGAAUAUUCAGACUUUAAUGAUGCAAAAAAUAAGAAAGCCAGGAAAGUGAGUUAUAAUGAAGAGGAUAUUAAGCUGGCUUUGCCGGCUAUCAACAACAGCUAUAUUGACUGGAAAAUGAGAAUGGAGAUAGAGAAACUUAUCCUUACAGAUGUCAAGUUGCCCCGCCUUACUAAUAUUGAUGAAACACAUAGAUCAUCCUUCAAACCUCUUUACCACGAUCAUCUUAUGAAAUUUCAAAUAGAUGAUGCAAGAGCUGUACAAAUUCAUGCAUAUCUUACUGAUAUGGCUCUAUGCAUGAAGACGACUUCAUUUGUAGCGUUGAGACCAUCAAAACGUUAUGUUGUGAUGCCGCGCCCAAAACGCUUCUAUUACGAUGCAAUGCUGUUGCAUGUACCUGUGGCUCCUCCACUGCACGUCACUACCUACCACAAAAUUCAUUCGGUUUUACCCAGAGACAAGGUGGCAGCUUUCAAAGAUAUGGUGAAGUUGACUGCUGAUGAAGUCAUUGUACUAUAUGAUUCAGUUUCUCAUAGACUGGCUUCACACGAACUACUAAAGGAAAGACCACACGAUGGAAGAAUAUCGUUGUAUCAUGAUUUGAAGUCAAGUUCCAUUCCAUCUCUGACGUUCCAUCAACUGCCUAAUUUUGUUGGACGACAAUUGCAACUUGAAAGUAAACUUCUCCUUCUUCAUCCGAUGAUGAUUCAAGUUUUGGAUUCUACAUUUACAAAUAUUCCUGAAAUCAUCAUGGAUUUCGGAGUUUAUAGGAAACUGCAAAAAGAUUAUCAUGACAUACAGAAGCUACAAGAACUUAUGGUGAAGGAUUUGAGAAGGGCAGAGAACUUAGUGACUAGAAUCUGGUAUCCGAAAGUUAUAAAAAUGCUUUCAAAAAAAGGAGCACUUGGAAAAUUGAGUAGAGAAAACCUCUCGAAGUUUUUGAAGUGCGCUACAACUAUAAUUUCAUGCCAGGUAAUUACAUAUAAUUUUAGAGUUUAUCAGCUUGGAGCAAUUUUUGUUGAGGGUGAUGACCACAUGAGCUCUAUUUUUGUACGUGAGAAUUGAGACGAAUGAUGGGGUCGCUGCCAACUUGUCUCCCUGACAACUAGUCUCCUCGCUGGGGUCGCAGAGAACCGCCAGUCCUUGAAACCACCACAACCAAAAAAAAAAAAAAAAAAAAAAAAAUGGUACAAUUGGGCUAUUUGUCAAACUGGGACGACGACAAACUAAGUCUUUUUUUCGAUCCAGCUUGUCGCUUCACGCACACGACAAGCUUGGUUCGACUCGCGGAAAUUCACCACCCCCGGCCGAAAAAUUCUAUUGACCAAACCUAAUCUGAUGAGCCAUAUUUUCCUGUUUGAGAGAUCUCUGUAGUAGCUCUUUAAAUAGCUCAUAAGAGCUACUUUUGAGAACCAACUCAUUUUGGUGAGUGAGCGAUCUUGAUCUGAUCACAAGAAUGAGCAUCUAUUGCCCAUCAUCUCUACUCCACAUGCACAGUCCACAUGUUUUCUU